AUGGUUUACCUUUGGUUGAGAGCUGAGACUAAGGCCAUGGAGCACCGCGCCGCCCUGACCCCCUCCACCUGCAAGACCCUCCUCGACCGUGGCUUCAAGAUCACCGUCGAGCGCUCCCCCGAGCGCAUCUUUGACGACGAGGAAUACGCCAAGGUCGGAUGCCAUAUGGUCCCUAUUGGCGAAUGGCGCAAGGCCCCCAAGGAGGCAUACAUCGUCGGAUUAAAGGAGCUCCCCGAGGGCGAGACCGACCCCCUCCACCAUACUCACAUCUUCUUUGCCCACUGCUUCAAGAACCAAGGCGGCUGGACCGAGAUCCUUUCCAGAUUCGAUGAGGGUCAGGGAACCAUCUUGGAUCUUGAGUUCUUGAAUGACACUCACGGCCGUCGUGUGGCUGCAUUCGGGUACCAUGCUGGAUUCGCUGGUGCUGCUAUUGGUGUCGACGAUUGGUGUCAUCAGAAGUUGAACCCCGGUCAGGUCUUGCCUCCUUAUAAGCCCUUCCCUAACGAGGAGACACUUAUUUCGCAUAUCAGGGAGCGCUUGGGUCGUGCUGUCGCGUUGAACAACGGAAACAUUCCCGAGGUGAUGGUGAUGGGCGCAUUGGGACGCUGCGGAAAGGGCGCCUGCGAUUUCGCACGCGCCGUCGGCAUCCCCGAAGAAAAGAUCAUCAAGUGGGACAUGGCCGAGACCAAGGAAGGUGGACCCUUCCCCCGCAUCCUCCAGGCCGAGAUCUUUGUCAACUGCAUCUACCUCAACCAACCCAUCCCUCCCUUCUUCACCCCCGCCAUGUUGGACGGCGACCGCAAGUUGUCUGUCAUCGUUGACGUCUCGUGCGAUACCACCAACCCCCACAACCCUAUCCCUGUCUACUCGAUCAACACCACCUUUGACAAAGCUGUCGUCGAGGUUGUGACCAAGAACCCCUUGCCUUUGGAGGUCUGCUCGAUUGACCAUUUGCCUACCUUGUUGCCAAGAGAGUCGAGCGAGGCCUUCUCGAGGGAUUUGUUGCCUACCAUUAUUGACCUUGAGAAGCGGGAGGAGAGUGCUGUCUGGGGUGGUGCUGAGGCCCUUUUCAGAGAGAAGGUUCAGGCUAUGCGCUCCGUCCGGUAA